AUGACCUCGUCCACCCCUGAGCGGGCUCCCGCGCCCAUUGUCUUCCCCAUACUUGGUCUCAAGCCUGAUGUUCACCUUCAAGUCUUCCACCAGGCAUUCCAUGUUCAUUCAUUGGCCCUGAAGAUGAGCUCCGAAUUCUUUCGCAAGUAUCUUGAUUCGCCGGGGAAGGUUGCCUCGACCCCGCCAAUAAAUUCUGAGUUUGCGUACAAGUGGGUUACCCAAAUUGACGAAGAUGGCACAUGGUCAUUAGUCUCCGCUGAGACUUUGGUAUGUACAGUCUUUUCAUACGCAUCUUCCUAUUACAUCCGAACCCUAGCUAGCUUUUGGCUAGGAUGACACUGAUCGAGUGAUAGCAUCAAACCCCAACCGCCAAAUUGGCUGGAUCACCCUCCACACAUGUCGAGGCUUUCCGCACCCUCCUCCAGGCGAUGUACAACUGUCCAAUCGUAAUUAAGUCACCUCGUCAAUUGAUCGACCUCGCGGGUCUAGCAGACUACUACCGUUGUCUUCCAAACUUGUCGGUCGCUGGUAUGUUUUAUUUUAUUCUAUUCUCCCUUCUAACAUCUUUCUCAUACAAAGAACGGACACCCAUAUGAACCCUACAAGCCCAUUUUCUCUCUGUAUUUUUUAAUUUUUGCUUCUGUUUGACCGUCGUUAUAACUAACCUUCGACCAUAGCUUCAGCCAGCCUUUACCGUAGCCCUGGUAUUAUGUCUGGAUUUCCAAAUCACUGCCUGGAACUGGUAGAUGUGGCAGCUAAAUUGAGAAACAAGAUAUUGUUCAAAGAAUGCUUGAUCUAUUUGGUUAGAGCAUUCCAUGACCCUAUGUACCAAAGAAUACGAGACCAGAAAUUACGACUCUUCGCAGAACAAACACAUCGCGCCCUAAAAUCAAAAAUUGCAGAACACCACUUGUCAACCUUCGACGUUGUUGCGAUGCACUACAAUCCCAAUAGAACCAUCGAGAGCAGGGGAUAUGCAGACCUUGGUGUCUCGAGCAUAUUACUCGCAUGGGGUACCAAAGACCAAUCCAGACGUGCUGUGUUGCCUCUUUUGUUCAGAGAGCUUCUCAAGAAAGCAGAACCCGAUUUUCCCGCCUAUGCCGCUCUCUUGAAAACCGCAUUGCAGAGCAACCUGAAACUAAACCCAUCUGCCCGUGCUGGUGAAGGCAAGUUUGAAGACACAUUUCUAUGUGCAGAGAUUUCUGAUGAUAUGUUACCAUGGGAUGUCAACGAAAUAGCUUGGUAG